CAGGAUGGCCGUGGGAAUCUUUAAAAAUUGUACCUUCUGUUUGAAAGUCAAACACCUACCCCGUGACCAGAAGAGGAAGCUACAAGCCGACAUCAAGGAAAAUGGUGGCAAUUUAUCCCUUUCACUAAACUCUCAGUGCACUUACGUCAUCGUAGAUUAUGAGGAUGUUCUCAAUGAGACUCUUCUGAGAUCCACCUUGAAGAACCAUGUGCACAUUGCAAACCCAGACUUUGUGUGGGAAUCUGUCAGAGAAAGAAGGAUCUUGGAUGUCAAGAAUUAUGGUCCUAACCGCGUACAAGAGGGCACACAACCCCCUGAAGAAAUGACCGUCAGUUCUGAAGAGAAAAUGGAUGAUCUACUGGACAUUUCUAUAGAAGAGGAAAACACAGAGCUCACUACGUUUCAUUCAGAGAAUGCUGAAACUCCUUAUUUUCCACCUGCUUUUGAAGUGGCAAAAUAUAACAUCUUGGAAAAAAUGGAGGAUGGGUGUCUGCAAACCUCUGUACUGGAGCUGCGCUGUGCCCAGGAACCCUCUGAGGCUGCCUUUGCUGUCUCCUCCACCCUACUGGGCCCUGGCCCUGAGACCGAAAAGCAUUUCUCUGUAAAGGAAACUUCUGCAGAUGCAAGUAAAUACUAUGAAAAUUACAUUGAAAAAUUGAAGAAACAAGGAUUUCAGUUAAGAGAACACUUCACACCGGAAGCUGUUCAGUUAGCAUCAGAAAAGUUGCAGACACUGCUUUUAGAGGAGGAAAUGAGUUCAACCACUUUAAGCCCAGAGGUCAGUGAUUUGGUGGAGAUGAUUUGGACAGAAGCUCUUGGACACCUGGACCAUGUACUCCUCAAGCCAGCCAACACCAUUAGUCUCAAUGAUGUAAGCAAGGCAGAGGGAAUUCUCCUUCUAGCAAAGGCAGCACUUAAAAAUGGAGAGACACAAGAACAAUUGCAAAAAAUAAUGAGAGAGUUCAACAGAUUGAUACCCAAGAAAGAUGCAACUGCUGAAGAAAUUAACCUGAAAAACAUUAGCUAAAAUGAAGACCUUUGCCAGCUGAUCAGAGACAUGGUUAGUGUCUGUGAAACUAAUUUGUCCAAACCCAACCCACCAUCUCUUGCCAAAUAUCAUGCUUUGAGGUGCAAAAUUGAGCAUGUUGAAGAGAACACUGAAGAAUUUAUCAGUGUUAGAAAGGAGAUAUUACAGAAUAAUCACAGUGCUGGUCCUGUGAACAUCUUGCAGAUAUUCCGAGUUGGCCGAGUGGAUGAAACCACAGAGUUUCAGAGUCAUCUGGGCAAUGUGACGGCCUUACUGCAUGGUUCUCCUGUGCGAAGCUUCGUGGGAAUCCUGUCUCGCGGAUUACUUUUACCCAGAGUAGUUGAAGACCGUGGUGUGAAAAGAACAGAUAUUGGAAAUCUUGGAAGUGGAAUAUAUUUCAGCAAUUCACUCAGUACAAGUGUUAAAUACUCACACCCAGGAGAAACAGAGGGCUCCAGACUCCUGGUCAUUUGUGAUGUCGCCCUUGGGAAGUGCAUGGACUUACACAAGAGAGAUGUCUCCUUAAUAAAAGCACCACCAGGUUAUGACAGUGUUCAUGGUGUUGCAAGUACAGCCAUCACGAGCACGGACUUUCAGGAUGAUGAGUUUGUUGUAUAUAAUACCAAUCAAAUUAAAAUGAAAUAUAUCAUUAAGUUUUGUAUGCCUGGAGAUGAAAUAAAGGACUUUUGUCCUUCUGCUCAUUCUGAAUUAGAGGAAAUCAGACCUGAGUCUCCUGUUUCUUCCGAAGUUAAUGAUUACCAAUUACCAGACACCAAAUCUGAUAGCAACAUCAAGGCCGGCCUUCAAGAUAUCUCUGGGAACAUGAUUCCUCUUGAGGAUGUUUCCAUCAAGGGGAAAAUAAUAGACUUUGUGGCCCAGGUUGUUGUUUUUCAAACAUACUUUAAUCAGAGUCAUGUGCCCAUUGAAGCAAAAUAUAUAUUUCCUUUGGAUGAUAAGGCAGCUGUGUGUGGGUUUGAAGCGUUCAUCAAUGGAAAGCACAUAGUAGGAGAGAUUAAAGAGAAGGAAGAAGCCCACCAGGAAUAUAGAGAAGCAGUUAGUCAAGGCCAUGGUGCCUACUUAAUGGACCAGGAAUCAGCGGAUGUUUUCACUGUUAGCGUUGGAAACUUGCCUCCUCAAGCCAAGGUGCUUAUCAAGAUCACCUACAUCACAGAACUCAGCAUCCAGGACACUGCCGCCGUUUUCUUUAUGCCUGGCUCUGUGGCACCCUGGCAACAGGACCAAGCUUUGAACGAAAACAUUCAGGAUACAGUAGAGAAGAUUUGUGUAAAAGAAAUUGGAUCAGAGCAAAGCUUCUCAUUGACUAUGUCCAUUGAGAUGCCCUACGUGAUUGACUUCAUUUCUAGUGAUACGCAUCACUUGAAACAAAAGAGAACAGACUGCAAAGCUGUCAUUAGCACCAUGGAAAAUAGCUGCUUAGACAGCAGUGGAUUUUGUCUCCGCAUUGGUCUGACUGAUGCAUAUCUCCCGAGAAUGUGGGUUGAAAAACAUCCAGAAAAAGAAAGUGAGGCCUGCAUGCUCGUUUUUCAACCAGAACUCAAUGCCACCAGCCCUGACCAGACCAGCCAGAAUGAAGUGAUUAUUUGUCUCGACUGCUCCAAUUCCAUGGCGGGGGAAGCAUUCUUGGAAGCCAAGCAAAUUGCUUUAUAUGCACUGUCUUUGCUGGGCAAGAAGCAAAAGAUCAACGUUAUCAAGUUUGGCACAGGUUAUAAGGAGUUAUUUUCAUAUCCUACCUACAUCAAAAGCAUCAAUUUACCAACUGAGUUCAUAAAGUCAGCUACACCCACCAUGGGAAAUACGGAUUUCUGGAAAGUGCUCCGUUCCUUAAACCUGCUGUACCCGAGCCGAGGAUUCCGAAACAUCGUCUUCAUCUCUGACGGGCACCUGCAGAACGAGCGGCUGACACUGCGCCUGGUGAAAAGGAGCCUUCGGCACACCAGGCUCUUCUCCUGUGGGGUUGGUUCUACAGCAAAUCAUCAUACCUUACGGAUAUUGUCCCAGUGUGGUGCCGGAGUGUUUGAAUAUUUUAACUCAAAAUCCAAACAUUGCUGGAAAAAACAGAUAGAAGCCCAGAUCAUGAGAAUAAGUUCCCCAAGUUGUCACUCUGUCUCCGUCAAAUGGCAGCAGCUGAGCACGGAUGCUCCGGAGCCACUGCAAGCUCCCGCCCAGGUGCAGGCCCUGUUCCCCAAUGAGCGGCUCCUGGUCUACGGUUUCAUCCCUCACUGCACACAGGCAAGUCUGUGUGCUUUAAUCCAAGAGAAAGAAUUUUCCACUAUGGUAUCAACGACCGAGCUGCAGAAGACAACGGGAACCUUGACGGCAAGGGCCCUGAUCCAAGAUUACGAAGAUGGUAUUCUCCACGAGGAUGAGAUCAACCACCAGAUGAAGAAGCAAAAUUUAAAGUCUCUGAUUAUUAAACUCAGUAAAGAAAACUCUCUGAUAACACAAUUCACAAGCUUCGUGGCAGUCGAGAAAAGGGAUGGUAAUGAGUUAUCUUCGCUUAAUGCUACACAUCUUAUGAGUCUCAUUGCUGAGGAAGAUGUUGAUUGUCUGCCAUACAUGAGCUGGCAGGAGGAGCAGCUCGAGUCUAGAAUGCUACAGGAUGGGCACCUUGUUCCUAAUGAAGACAUAGAUUGUUAUGAAGAAGCAGAUUAUUGUUUGCAAGAUGAAUUGUUCGAUGCAGAUAGUUUUCCAGGUAUUUUCUAUGAAUCAGAGGAUAGAAUGACACAGGAAGUCAUUGAACAGCAGCCUCCUUCUGUAUCCUCUGAAUGGAAUGAAGUCUUGGAGCGUCAGAGUUGGAUUGAAUGUCAAUCAGCAAAGUCAGAAGUUCCUACAUCUCCCAAAUUGAUUAGGUUAGAAUCUCUAAUGUUCCAGUCUGAGCCACCCAGAGAUGUGGACAAGGCCUUGAAUUUAAGUCAGGUCGAUUCACUUAAAGCCCAGGGAUUCAAACGAAGACCCAAAAGAGCCAGGGCUGUUCUUUCCUGUUUCCCAAAUUUACUGAUGCCGGCUGCCUGUGCUCCUCCCUGUCCUCCUGGACCUUCUCCCGAACAACCUCCUGCUCCCCAAUUCCUCAGCUCUCCUGCCCUUAAGCUCUCCUUAAAGGAAGUUGCUACCUGUGCUUCCCACUGUCCCCCUGCAGUCCAGCUGUUCAGCUCUCCCAUCCCACCACAGUUUGCUCCUGCCUCACCUGCCCCACUCUUGAGCUCUUCUGUCCCCCCACAGCUAGCUCCUCCUCCUCCUCCCCCACAAUCACCUGGUUUUGCAGGGCCAAUUUUUCCUGGUGGUCCCCCAAGCUCGGUUUCUACUGGAGCUCCUCCCCCUCCUCCCCCACAACCAGGUGGUUUUGCAGGGCCAAUUUUUCCUGGUCGUCUCCCAAGCUCGGUUUCUACUGGAGCUCCUCCCCUUCCUCCCCCACUCUUCAGGUCUCUUACCCCCCCAGAGCCUCCCUCUGGUCUCCCACCUGCACCUGUACCUUGUGGUCCCCCCUGGUUAGUUUGUAGUGGAGCUCCUCCUUCUCCUCCCCCUCAUCCCCCUCUCUUCAGCUCUCCUUCUCUCCCUCCUCUCCCACCUUUACCUGGUCCUGUUGGGCCAUUUUCCCCUAUUGGUCCCCCCAAAUCAGUUUCUACUGUUUCAUGCCCAACAUCUGUUCCUUCGUUCACUGAUGGCCCCAAAGUUGGCCUUCCUAGCCCUUCCCCACCAUUGUUUUCUCUCCCUGGUGCCUCAUUUAAAUACAGUCGAGGCUUUGGUGCUUCCUUGGGCUCCCAGCACAGUCUGGAUUCUUCUUCCAAUCUAUUUGGAUCCACUGAGGGUUCUUUUGCUGGAACUCCUCUCAUACAUAAUUUUGGAAAGAAGAAACAGCAGCCCGUUCCACCUGCUCCCCCUGAAUCCCAUGGCUUCUCCAUGCAGGCCUGGUCUAGUAGUCCUCUCCCUUCUUCUGACACUGCCCUUCCUAGUGAAGAGCCAGUUCUUGGCCAUUUGGGAACAUCCCCUUCCCCAGAGCUGCCAGGACCUCCUAACUCUGAUCCGCAACAAAGGAGCAGGCAGAUAUACCACCACAUGGCAUCAGCGUCUUUCCAACUUGAUUGUCUCACUUCCACAAAUCAAAAAAGUCACCUGGAAACAGAAAACGAUGGAGCAUCAGUAUUCCUACAAAGUAAAUUUCUUCGUAAAAGGAUGAGAAAAUGUAAAACAGAUAGCUUCAUUCAACUCUCAGGGACAGGCGAAGAUCAGGAGUGCAUGGCCCGUGGAGCCCAAAAAGGGAAGAAUUUCUUGUCCUGGAAUGAACUUUUCAAUCUCCAAACAGAGGAUGGCUUCUGGAAACUUACACCAGAACUGGGGGUUCUAUUAGAUUUUAAUACAAGUGUUCUGAACAACUUCCUAGAAAAAAAAGGCAUUCGAUCUCUAGGUACAAAAGGAAGAGAGUGUCUGUUGGACCUGAUUGCCACUUUUCUGGUGCUGCAAUUUCUUUGCCUCACAUUGGAGCAAGCGGGAAUCAGAGCACUGAUGAAACUGGAUGAUGCUUCUCUUUUCGGAUGUAUUUCUUGGGCUUUUGAGAAAAUCAAGAAAGCAAGUGAAUGGGUAAGAAGAACUGAAGGGCAAUAUUCAUCUAUCUGCCAACGACUUGAGCUGGGUAAAGAUUGGGACUCAGCCACCAGACAACUACUGAGAUCUAAUCCACAAGCACUGCUCACCUCUUCAUAGUUCUUAAUUACAGCAAGGCUUAAUCAAAUGAAGCUGUAUUUCAUAUUUUCAUCAUGUUUCAAUGUAUUAAAUAAUCAAACAUUAAUGGAUAUCUAAGUAAUGAAAUUUAAAUAUGAUUUGAUUCAAUUUAGCAAUGGUCGCCCUAAAAUAAAAAUAGAACUGUUUCAAUGCAUGAACAAACUACAAUAAAAUUUAAAUGACAGUA